CUAUGUCAACCAAUCAAAUAUGGCCACUAAAACGUAAUACACAACCCCGUUAACGAAAACCGUGGCUUCCCCAGUGAAUAAAAAGAAAAUGUCUCCGUUUGCCGGUUAAGCAGAGGACAAAACAGUGAAGAAGGGCACAGUAACCGGAGGUACCGGUAGCCUAGAAACGGACAAUAAUUCCACUAGCUUUGAAGUAAUUGCAGAAUCUGACUUCGCUGCAGGCACACACACAGAGUGAGAAAUUUCAAUUUUUUUUUUAAAUAAAAUAAAAAUGUAGUGCCAUUUGUGAGGAGAGAGAGAGAGGGGGGGGGGGGGGGGAGACAGAAACAGUGUACGAGUGGUAAUGGGCCUAAUGGCAGCGACUAUUGCUGAGACGGUUGCUGAAGAGAGAGAAAGCGAAGCAGAGAAGCAAAGAAAGGACAGUCUCAUUAUUAGAUCAGAUUAUUUCUACUAUUUUUCUUCUCCGUAUGAAGCCAAACAGAUCUUUGAAGUCGUUGCUCUACUCUUGUUAUUGCUUCAAGAGAAGCAGAAGAUCAUUUCGAUUGCUGACGUUUCACUUUCUGUAGAAAAUCAUUCCCUGUAAUAAUUAAUCAUUUAAUCAGUUUCUAGUUCAUAAACAGUCGUUUAAUUGAGUACUCUUAUUAGUUUUGGAUUAUAAUAAUGAUUAACGGAAGUUAUUCUGUGGAUAAUAAACGUAAUGGAAUUGCGAGAGGGAGUUCGAGUUUUCCGGUGGCCGGUGAAGGAUCAGAGGAUGCACUGUACAAGGAACUGUGGCACGCAUGUGCAGGUCCGUUAGUGACAGUGCCUCGCCAAGGAGAGCUUGUUUACUACUUUCCUCAAGGUCAUAUUGAACAGGUUGAAGCAUCGACGAAUCAGGUUGCUGAUGAUCAGCAAAUGCCGGCUUAUAAUCUUCCUCCUAAAAUCCUCUGUCGUGUGGUUAAUGUUCAAUUGAAGGCUGAGCUGGAUACAGAUGAAGUGUUUGCUCAAGUCAUUCUGCUUCCUGUAGCUGAACAAGAUGUGGACUUGGUGGAGAAGGAGGAUUUGCCGCCUCCGCCUGCACGUCCUCGGGUGCAUUCCUUUUGUAAGAUGCUUACAGCAUCAGAUACGAGCACACAUGGUGGAUUUUCAGUGUUGAGACGGCAUGCUGAUGAAUGUCUACCUCCUUUGGACAUGUCCCUACAACCUCCAGCACAGGAGCUGGUAGCCAAAGAUUUGCAUGGAAAUGAGUGGCGUUUCCGCCACAUAUUUCGAGGUCAACCAAGAAGGCACCUUCUUCAAAGUGGUUGGAGUCUCUUUGUCAGUGCCAAAAAGCUUGUGGCGGGAGAUGCUUUUAUUUUUCUUAGGGGUGAAACUGAAGAGCUUCGUGUAGGGGUAAGACGUGCUCUGAGUCAGCCAAGCAAUGUCCCAUCUUCUGUAAUGUCUAGUCACAGCAUGCAUAUUGGCAUCCUUGCAACUGUGUGGCAUGCUGUUUCGACAGGAUCAAUGUUCACUGUUUAUUAUAAACCAAGGACUAGUCCUGCCGAGUUUAUUAUUCCAAUUGAUAAAUAUAGGGAGUCUGUCAAGAUAAACUAUGCUAUAGGGAUGAGGUUCAAAAUGAAAUUCGAAGCUGAAGAGGCCCCAGAACAAAGGUUCUCUGGCACUGUAAUUGGAGUAGAAGAGGCAGAUCCAAAGAAGUGGCCUCGCUCAAAGUGGAGAUGCCUCAAGGUUCGCUGGGAUGAAACUUCUCCUGUUCACCGUCCAGACAGGGUUUCUCCUUGGAAAAUAGAACGUGCUUUGGCUCCUUCUCUGGAUCCCGUUCCGGGGUGCCAAUCGAAAAGGCAUCGUUCAAACAUGGCAACAUCAUCUGCAGAUUCCUCUGCUCCUACAAAGAAAGAUAAUGAGCCUUCAAGACACCUGCAACAUAAAGAAAUCUUGACCUUGAGAAACACACAUGCUGGGAAGAAUUACUCAGAUAGUAAGCACAAUCCUGCACAGGCUCUAUUUCAAGGUAAGGAUCAGACUGCUUUUGAUAAUAGAAAACUUGGACCAGAUGACAAGAUUCCUCAAGUAAUGCAUGGAGCAAAACUCAUGAACCUAACAACAGGACCUGGAACCCUGCAUGAAUCCUAUGAAUCAACUCGCCCCUUCUUUGAGCUGAACUCUGAUGACGUUGAUCGACCCAGUAAACUUAAUGAAACAGGCAUGUUCAACUGCCAUUCAGCUCCCUUGAUGUAUUUAGGCCACCCAUUUAACAUGAUGGCAUCUAGGAUGGAAGUUCAUGUGGCAAAAGAUAAAGACAUACAACAGCAGCGUGGAAGCUGGUUUUCACCUUUGCCAUAUGCUGAUAAUUCUUCUCAUCCUUCGGGAUCUAAACCACAGCAUCUUCCUUUUCAACAACGUAACAAGGAAACAUCUAAAGAUGGUAAUUGCAAACUUUUCGGCUUCUCCCUUUUUGGGAAUCCUAUGGCUGCAGAACCAGCCAUUAUACACAGGCACUCCACAGAGAAACAACAGCAGCAAAUCAAUGUUGCAUCAGAUCACCUGAAAUUGUUGGGUUCUGAAGGAUUUUUGGAGCAAGCAAAGCAUUCAAAGCAUGUUAGACCUGAGGAACAAGGGAACAUUUUUCAAGCUUCUGCUCUUCAUUCUAAAGAUGUCCAGGGCAUGCCCGAGGGUGAUUCAACCAGAAGAUGUGUAAAGGUUUACAAGCAGGGGACUGCUGUGGGGAGGUCUCUGGACCUGGCAAAGUUUAAUGGUUAUAAUGAAUUGACAGCAGAACUGGAUCAGAUUUUUGAAUUUCAUGGUGAAUUAGUUGCCCCUAACAAAGAUUGGUUGAUUGUUUUUACUGAUGAUGAGGGUGAUAUGAUGCUUGUAGGAGAUGAUCCCUGGCAGGAAUUCUGUAGUAUGGUGCGCAGGAUCUUUGUCUUCACUAGAGAGGAGAUAAACAGGAUGGAGCCGCGAUCCCUGAAUCUAGAAGCCGAGGGAAAUUCACAAAGUGCAGACCAAAUGGUUGAUUUGAUGGGGGAUGGAACUUCAAAGCAUCUUCCAGCUGUGAGUCCCUAGGAGUUUUCAGGCUUGUGCUACACGACUGACAGUAAGGUUAAGAGAUUCAUCUACGUGGACGCCCAGGCCAUAGUUUGAGAAACAUCAGAAAGCUAGGUCAGGAGGCUGAAAAGGUGACACAAACGAAGUUGUUGCAUUGUGGCCAAGAUGACAAUGUUGAGGCAGUUGUGAUGUCCUCUUCUAAGCUUUUUCAUCUUAUGCAGCGUGGCUUGUUUGGUAGAUAAGAGUUUUUGUCAUACAGCAUAUGUAACCUUCUAAUGUUUAUUUUUUACUUACUCUUGGGAGGAUUGGAAAAAUAGCAUCAGUUGUUUUUAUUAGCUUAGAAUGCUUAGACACACGGGCAGACCAGGGACCACUUUCCAGUUCCACUCGACUCUUCCUCUGUUAUUUAUGCCCGUGAAAAGAAAAUUGCUAGA